UGAGUUUGUUGGUCGCCGGUAUAUUUAGACAAACCACAUUCUUCUUCCACAUUUUGGGAAACUGAAAGGGCUGACGAGAAAGAAACAAAAAAAAAAACAAGUUCUGACAGACACAAAGUGUGUGAAACUUUGCUGUCGCUAACUCGGUCACGUCAGUUUCAGGAUGCCCCUGCCGGUGUCUCAGGAUGACAGGGUGACAAUGAUCACAGUCAACCCCGACAGCAAAUGCCCGAUAUUUUGCCAGAUCCUGGGCUCUCUGUGCUACAGUCCGGUGUGUGCCGUAUCACAACACGUGAAAUCCAAGAGCAUGGACAUCUAUAUGGCGCUCGGGAUUGUGCAGAUUAUAGCAGGAGUCCUCAAUCUUGUGACAGGGAUUUUAUUUUUAAGAUCUGGGAUACACGAUCACGUCAUGAUGCUUAAUGCUCCGUUCUGGCUCGGUGGUGUGUUCCUUGUAGUCGGAGUGGUGUCUGUUGUUGCAGAUGAGUUUCCCAGUUAUUUUCUGCUGCUCUUCACUGUGGUGCUGAACAAAGUCAGCGCUCUGCUGGCUACGACAGGCCUUGCACUGUAUGCCUGGGACUUGAUGGGCGAUAAGAUUGCUUCAAGUUACUACGAUGGCGAUAUGAAUAUGAUCCGUGAAGUACUGGAUAUCACUAUGAUGAUCAUUUCAGCCCUUCAGCUCUGCGUGACCCUGAGUUUCUCUGGCUUGGCUCUGAAAAAUAUGUGUGAAACAAAUUCUGUGAAGGACCUUCAGCUUUACAAGCCACUCAAGGACGUUGCUGUCAGUCACGUAUGUUAAACAGAUGAUGGGAAAAAAGUAACAUACCAUUUUUUUUUUAUUCUGCUAGCUUUGAGAUUGCAGAAGUACAUUUUGGUUUUAGCAAAUCUCCAGUAUCUGUAAACCUAUAAUCAUCAUGAUACAUGUUUAUUUAGUUUUUUUUUUUUCUCCUUUACCGAUAGCCUUAACUUCAAGGGACUGACUGCUUUACUUAGCAAAAAGAUAACAUAUUAAAUAAAAGUUUUAAUGAGAUUUCAUGACUAUUUACACUAUAUUAUCAUAACUUGUAUAUUCUGCGUUGCAUGUUUACGCACAUAAACCAUUUAUUUUGAGUCUGAACAAACGAAAGUCAUUUUGCUGUCAUAAAUGGCAAUAAAACAAACCAGAAUGUGAAAUAUA